ACUCUCUCAAAUAAAUCAAUAAAAUCUUUUAAGGAAAUAAACAAGCGUUAGUCUGGUAAGAAUAUCAUUACAUCAUUAAUUCAGGUAUCAAUUAACUUGCAGUAUAUGAUAAAGUUUUUGGAAUUGGGCUAAACAAUUCUAUAAUGGAGACCUCACAGAGGGUUUUGUGCUGCAAAAGAGGACAGCUGGCAAAGCACUGAUGUGGGAAUGAAGUCAGAACGGAUCGAACUCUUGACUGCCAACUAUACAUUGUGUGUCCUUAGACAAGUUACUUAAUUUUGGGGGGCGUUGGUUUUCUGACCUGAAAACAGUAAUCCCUAACUCACAGAAUUAUUUAAACAGUCAAAUGGUAUCACUUGCUGCAAUUUUAGUAGCAUUAACAUCUCCUUUUAUAUGCAGAUCCCAAAUGUCCUACCUUUCCAGAGUGAAGUCUCUCAUUUUAAUUCUUGGGACUAUGCAAGGCGCCUUUCUAUAUCGAAGAGCUCAGAACCCUGAAGUGAACAUGAACAUUAGCCAAAUUAUUUCUUAUUGGCGCUACCCAGAUGAAGUGUAUGAUAUUGUAAUUGAAGAUGGUUACAUCCUUGGCCUUUAUAGAAUUCCUUAUGGGAAGACAAACAGUGACAGUUCAGCUCAGAGGUUUGUUGUCUACUUGCAACAUGGUUUGUUUACAUCUGCCAGCAGCUGGAUCUCCAAUCUGCCCAACAACAGCCUGGGCUUCAUUCCAGCAGAUGCUGGUUAAGACGUGUGGAUGGGGAACAGCAGGGGACCACCUGGUCCAGGAAACACAAGUACCUGAAGACAAAUUCCAAAGAAUUCUGGGCCUUCAGGUACAAAUAACAUCAAGUAAUGUUUCAUUUUAUUUUAUGAGUGUGUCAAAUAUUUUGUCUUGUGUUUGAAUGAAAUAAAGUAGAACAGAAGUGUCUUUUCUCAAUCAGGUCUUGUAACAGACCAUCACAAUUUAUGUCAGUUUUUGCUUGAAAAUGAAAGAAUGCUUGCUUGACCUUAAGUGUGUUUCUCGUUUGUCAGUAGUAACCUUUAUUGGCUAACCCCACCCUUUCCAUUGUUUUGCUCCUUAACCUAUAUAUUUACUUUAUCUCCCUGUAUGUAAAAUAAACAGCCUCUUUAUAAGACUAUCUUGGGGCUACUUUAUUCCCUGACUUUGUGUUCUCACGGAAGUCUUUAUUAAGUAGAUAU